CAACUCUCAAAUAAAAUAUCUGAAGAGGACGACCGUGUCAUUGAUCUCGCAUGACGAAAACACUCCUCUACGGCUAAAAAUGCACGGAGAAGCGACGUACACCGAUGUGAAAGAUACAAACUCGGACUCUACCGCUCACCUGACAGAUCAGGAGAAAGCUACCGGAAAGAAAUGCGAGCCCGAAGGAACAAACGAUUGUGUCGACAGCGCAGUAACUGUUUGCAGCGAUUACACUCGUCUCAUUGGAGAACGCGGAGAUUUGACUAGUAAUUUUCUUGAAAACAGAAAAUCUGAGACGUCUGUAUCAAAGACUACGAAGAAGAAACCCUCCGGCAAAAAGAAGCAGAGGCGUUCAUACCCGGACGAGAGUAGAAUGUACUACAACACGUACCAGGAGGUAAGCGGCAAGUCAGCGAGCACCUCCUCCAAGCUGUGCGCGGAUCAGAGCAGGGACAGGACGGAGAACGCCUCCAGCCGCAGCAAUGACACGUCGGAGAUGAACUACCAGAAAGGAAUCGCCAUUCUCUCAGACCUGUACGGCAGGCUCGUGCAGACCGAGAAACAACGAAAAGACAUCCUGAAAAAAAUUGAAUCGAUGCCAAUUGAGUAAUCUGUUUAUGUCUACCAAUAUUUUAUAAUACACAUUCCA